GUUGAUCUGCAAGGUUUCUUGUCUCGUUUAGGCAGGAGAGCGACGCAGCCUUCUUCCGGCAAAGCUCCGAGUCGCCAGCUUGGGGUUCAGGAUGGGGCUCUGGCGGUAGGUUCGUUGGUGGGGUGGGUGAUGGACAUGGUCGAAGGGGAAAAUAGGAGGCGCGCUGUCGAGGCUCCAAGCAUCCCCAAACGGUCAAGCAAUUCUCAGAUAAUAUAUUGCGGCUCGACUCUGCCUCAGUCGCAUUUGUCGCUGACCAUUAUCUCACAGGCGUUCUGCUUCAUUUGAUCACACGAGCUCGCCCAUUCGUGCUCUCUGACGUGAGCAUUGAAGGACUUCAUUGAGCUCCAAAAGAGUCGAAACGCGGCACGCGUGGACCUAUAUCGGCUGCCAUUGAAAGUCUAUCAAGGCUCGCUCUAUCGGAGUUGAGCACUCGUGGCAGGUUUCCUAUCAGUCGAACAGUUCCUCCUACGCCUACCUGUUUCUCUCUAGACUUCCUCAUAUCUCGAGCCCAACGGCCGCCGCCGCUGCUUCCAACCCCAUCUGUUUACCUACCACCUUAUCAGCCAUGGCCCCUCAGCCAGAGCUCUAUCCUACCCUCCACCGAGUACGCGAUCUCGAGACUGCAGGCAUCGAGGACCUGCAACAGAUUAUUCAGACAUUCCCCGCCAUCGACAACCAUGCCCAUAAUAUGCUCACCGAGGAAAACGCCUAUGGCAGUGCGGAAUAUCCUUUUGAGUGUAUCACCUCAGAAGCACAAGGACAUGCUCUGACGGAUCAUGUCCAUACGAGCCUUGCUCACAUGCGCGGCGUCAAACACCUGGCAGAAUUCUACCAGUGCCCGGAAACACUGCAGGAUGUCAAGGCUGCCCGGUAUGAGUGGGUGCGCAGAGACUACCCGGGUCUGAUCAAGAAAUGCUUCGAAGGAACACAUGCGAUCAUGAUGGAUGAUGGACUGUCGCCCGAGAUCAUCCAUUCAUUCAAGUGGCAUAGACAGUUCGUUCCCACUGUGUCACGGAUCGUAAGGAUCGAGGCGGUUGCGUCAGAGCUGCUUGAACAUCUCGCUCACGCAGCGGGCUUUAUGAGGGUCGGCCUCGAUGCUGACUGGGACAUCAGCCAGACCGAGAGUUUCUUGGUGCGCUUCAACACCGUCUUCAGAAACCAGAUCCGCACCCUGGCCAACGAUCCAGAUGUCCGGGGCUUCAAGUCAGUCAUCUGCUAUCGUUCGGGUCUGGACAUCGGCCUGGAGAGCAGGAAGAACUUCCGCCCUCAUCAGUCCCUGACCGAAUCAUCCCUCUUACAAUCUUUCCAUGACUUCCUGCAGAAGGCAGUCCGCGAUCACAAGUACCGCAUCCAGCAAAAGGAGGUCAAUGACUUCCUGGUUGUCGCAGUCUGUGACGUGCUGGAAAAGCUUGUAGACACGGAUGGUGAGAACCUGCCCUUCCAGUUUCACACCGGUCUCGGCGACACAGAUAUCGACUUGGUCAAGGCAAAUCCAGCGUAUAUGCAGCCUUUGAUCGAAGCUUUCCCCCAGGUCGACUUUGUCAUCCUCCAUUCAUCGUAUCCGUACACGAGGGAAGCAGGUUACCUCGCAGCCAACUAUUCCAACGCUUGGCUCGAUAUCGGAGAAGCAUUUCCGAUGCUCUCUCGCGAUGGCGAGGAGUCUGUUUUACGACAGGCCCUCGAGUUGACACCAAGCUCUAAGAUCCUGUGGAGCACAGAUGGACACUUCUAUCCCGAAACAUACUGGCUCGCCAACAAGCACUUCAGAGAAGCGCUUGAGAGAUUGCUUACUUCCUAUAUUGCAGCGGGUGACGUUACCGUUGCCCAGGCCAUCGACAUUGCUGUCGAUAUUAUGUUCUGGAACUCAAAUUUACUCUACAAGCUUGACGAAGAGCGUAAAUACCCCGAGCUGCUCCGAGCUUGUGGCAGAGAAGCUGUAGACAGUAUGCGUACGCUUGUGAAUGGUGGUUCCAAAGCUCCAUCUUUCAAGUCAUAUGCAAGCACGGCUGUCGCUGCUCCUGCUGGAGGUGCAUCGUCAUCAGCGGCUGCUGCUGCUGUAGCACGACCGGGUGCGUCUUUGAACGCGGCGUCAUCGACGAGCCUUUCGCUGCCCCUCCGCUCCGGGAGUGCGAGUGCGCCGUCCGGCCAAAACUCCACUGCCAUCCUCGCGCAAAAUGUGACGGUUUUCGAUGCCUUUUUGCAAACAAAUCCGGGCAUCAAGUAUAUGUGGGUUCAAUAUCUGGACUAUACCGGCACUCUUCGUAAUCGUAUGAUGACCGUCCAACAAUUCAAAAAGCAGCUGUCAACCGGAAAACCGCUCUGCUGUACGACUGCUCUGACACGGCUGAUGCAGGACGACUAUCCUGCAACCGGAUGCUCGGCUACUGGCCAAUUUCUCAUGAUUCCAGACCUGUCGACCCUCUCAUUGAACAAGGGUAUCUCAUCUCCGUCCGCCACCGUUCAGACAUGGUGGAUGGCGGACUCGGAGCAAGUUCCCCUCGUUGAGCACUACGACCGCUGUCCUCGCUGGCUUCUGCAAUCUCAAGCUGACGCUCUUAAGUCAGAAUUCAACAUCUCCAUGCUGGUCGGCUUCGAACUCGAGAUCAUUUUCAUGAGGCCAGUGCUGAAUGAAAACAAGUCCGACUUUGUGGAAUUUGAGCCGUUGCACAUGGUUCAUUCGUGGUCUAACAUGACGUGGCAACAGAUCGACAUGUUACCGAUCAUUGAAGAAAUCGUGGAGAACCUGGGCGACCUCGACAUUCACCUUUCGCAAUUCCAUUCCGAGGCCGCACCGGGACAGUGGGAGUUUCCCUUGCCAGCUUUUGAACCCGUGAAGGCUGUUGAUGUCUUGUUCAAAGCCAAAGAUGUGAUUCGCAAUGUCGCCAAGAAGCACGGCCUGAAAGCAACGUGCUAUCCGCGUCCCUAUGCAUUCAGCCCGGGCAGUGCCAAUCAUGCCCACUUCAGCAUCAACGGACCCGGUGACACGGUUGAAAAGUAUGAAGCACCUUUCCUCGCCGGGGUUCUGGAACAUCUACCAGCAUUGAUAGCGUUCUUGCUACCCUUUGAAGAGUCAUAUCAACGCGUCAACGCCGGGAUCUGGGCAGGCGGAGAGUACGUGUGUUGGGGAACACAAAACAAGGAGGUCCCACUACGAAAAUGUGGACCUGGACAUUUCGAACUCAAGACUGUGGAUGGCAUGGGCAACUCUUACUUGUCCAUGGCAGCCCUGCUGGCGUCAGGACUCCAUGGUCUGCGCCAAGAUCUCAAACUCGAGCACAAGGAUUGCACGGGUGACCCGACUGGGAUCGGCGAGGAGGAGAGGCAGAAACUUGGCAUUACAACACAACUGCCCAACACUUUGGAGAAAAGUCUCAAAGCAUUGGACCGUGACAAAGUCCUUCGACGUGCCCUUGGGUAUGCGGUGGUUGACGAUUAUCUUGCCGUCUCGGAGAGUCUGAUGGCCAAGUUGAGGGGCUUUGGCGAUGAGAAGAGACGAGUGUGGCUGAUGGCGCGGUACUGAUGCGGGUUCUCGGCGUGUGUGACGAGCCUGGCCGUGAAGGCCAUUGAUACUAUCGUUGUUGAUUGCAAUACCAAAGCAAGGCAUACCCACUCGCCAGGUUGUGGUUACAACAAGCAAGGAGAUGAUGUCGCGGAUGAAUCGCCCGCUGUGACCGGGAGACGUAGCAGUGUCUUGAUUGAGAAAGACAAUCCAACCAUGGACACUGCCACCCGUGGGAGGCUUGAAUGAAUUGGAGAUGGAUGGUCCCUUGCUUAGAUUUGGGGGGGGCGAGGGUUGGGCUUGGUGGGGUCUACUGAAGUAAGGAGCUAGGAGCGCAGGUAUACCCGGGCGUGGUCCAGGUGGGAACUCUUAUCGAUUUGGGAGCAAGGGGGAAAUGCGAGGGAGAUGGUUAGACAGAGAGAUCGCUAAUCGCUAUGGAAUAAUGCAGUUCGGCCAGCGGCUCGCC